UUUUUAUGGUUAAUUUGGCAAAACAAACAUAAAUUUUCUUACAAAAAGACAGACCAAUGAAGACAAGGAGAAAGGGAGAGAAUUAGCAUCAUGCUUGCAUCACCCUCAAAGCGUCACAUGCCCCCUUGUAAGCAUUUAAGUAGAAUUUUCCAUGAACCCUCAUAUCAUAUCCUGCUCUUUCCUGCCAUCUUCCUUUGAUUUUCUUCUCUAUUUCCCAUCCUUUUUGUCAAACAUCCAACCAUUUCAUAAAAGCCCAUCCCUAUCUCAUCUCAUCUCUCAACUUAAUCUUAGAGAAUGAAAUAGGAAUAUAUAUAUAUAUAUAUAUAUAUAUACCAAAACACAACACAGAAACAGAACAAAAUUAAACCCACUUGAUACUGCAACCAAUGGCAACUCCUUGGCCUGAAAAUCCAUCAACCAGCAGAGAAAGGGUGAUAAAAGAGCUCAUUCAAGGCCAAGAAAUUGCAACCCAUCUUCAAUUUCUCCUCAAGAAACCUUAUGGAGAUGAUGGGUUUCUCUCAGCUAAUGAGCUUGUAGUCAAGAUCUUGAGAUCUUUCACUGAAGCUCUUUCCUUGCUGACUUCUUGUGAUUUUGUUGAGAUUCUUCAGAACCAGACAACUUCCCAAGUGGAUUCAGUUGGUUGUGAUGACCGGAGAUCUGAAGAUUCCGGCGAGAGCAGGAAGAGGCCAACUACCAAGGAUAGUAGGGGUAGCUACAAGAGAAAAAAGAUUUCCCAGUCAUGCACAAUAGUCUCACCUACAACAGAAGAUGGUCUUGCAUGGAGAAAAUAUGGGCAAAAGGAGAUCCUCAAUGCUAAAUACCCAAGGAGCUAUUUUAGGUGUACCCACAAGUACGAUCAAGGGUGCAAGGCAACAAAGCAAGUCCAGAGAAUGGAAGAAGACCCACAAAUGUUUCGGACCAUUUACAUUGGUGAUCAUACCUGCAGAGACAUCCUCAAGGUUCCACAGAUCAUCACAGAACCAGAUUCUCAUAUGCUCCAACACAAAGAAGAAGCCCCCUUAAGCGAUCUAACAGAUAAUCUUUCAUCUUUGGACCCAAUCAUGUGGAAGGAUCUUGUAUCAUUUGAAUCAUCAGAUGAGCCUGCAGCAGCAGAUUCUAUUACAAUGUGUGCGGAGGGUAGUUGUCAGAGUUAUGACAUGGAUUUGGUAGUGAAGGCCAUUGAUUUUGAUAGUGAUCUUCAAUUCGAUGAAAGUGAUUUCAACUACCUAAGCUAAGGUAUAUAGAAAGCUGUAUAGAUGAUGAUAUCCUUGACGAACUCAAUCCCUGUAUUAUGUGAUCUUAGUUUUGUUGGAAUAAUUAGCAUACAUGCUUAGGUUAGCUUAGCCUCCAUGAAUCCUAAAAUUCUGCUGUUCAUAUGGAAAUAUUACUUUGGUGUGCUUAGUGGGGACA